AUAAAGGUGGCAUUUUUUCAAAUGGAGUGAAUCUAUUGCAGCCUGUACUUGAUUCAGCUUGGCUGCUUGGGUUGUGAAAACAUCUCUCCAUCUUUCUGCUGAACAGGAGGCUCAGAUGGUACAACCAUACUAGCACUUGCCUUAGUUCUGUUAUCAAAUGUUUUGAAUAAGGAGUUUAUAGUAAGCAAUGGAGUUGUAAGGCUGCUUGCUAUUUUUCCAAUUCAGGGUCUGAGCCAAUCAGCUUUUUUUUUUUUUUCUUUUUUUUUUUUUGUGGUCCUACAUAAAUAAGCUUUUUGUCCCCUUGUCAUAUGUAUUCCUCCUUGGCUUGGUGUAAUCUAAUCAUUUGUGUUUGUUACCUUAGUCCUUUUGUGUUGGAUAUCAAGUAGUGGCCAGCUCUGUUUAGAGGGGUUGGGUGUCUGCCCAGACAGCUUGUGCAAGCUGUGAUUAUGUGUGAACUAUUAUUUUAAUGUGCCAUCUUGUCUAGGCUUGUAAACGUUUCCAUAUAAGACGGCUUGACCUUGCCAAAUACAAUCCAAGUAUAAACUAGUCUAUAUGGGGAGAAGUGUGCAAUUAAAUAAGUAAUCUAAGUUAUUAUUUUUUGUUUAAUAUUUACUGAUUUAAUAUCUUGAACAGUUGUAGAACUGUGUUUUUCCUUUGUUAGAUUUGUCAUGCUGACAAGUCUAACACUUUGUGGGUGGCAGAUAUAACUAAUCAAUAGAUUGCUGUAGAAGGAUAUAUGCUGGAUGAUGGCACAUGAACAUAAAAUGAUGCAUGAAGGGGUUUUAAUGGAUUAUAGUUCAUAUGGUCAAAACUGACAAAUUUAUUUGUAAAAAAAAGUCUGGAAAAUUGUAAAAUACAGUAUUAAAACAUGUUAAUGCAUUACUCUGAUGUUCUUGCCUAUUUCUGAGUAAAGGAGUGGGUUACUAUAACUUCAUAAUACAGAGGUUUUGUGUAAGUGGUGCCCUUUAGAUCAGGAAAUUUAAUCUAUUACAUAUCAAACACUUUCAUGAGUGUGAUCAGAAGUGUUGUAGCAUGGUAGACGGCCAGACUUGAGUUCCAGCGGGACUAAAUCUCCAUCAGCCCAGUUGAGCACUGCUGUAUUAAAAUUCAGUGGCCAAACCUGCCCACUAGAGGUGAAUUGGAGAAAAGUUGAGAAAUUAGAGUUGGGUACUUUAAGGUAGCAGAGAGUGUAAUAUUUUGUAACUUUAUUUUUGGGUUAAAGUUAUCACAACCCAGAAUUAUUAGUUAUUUGUAGUUAUUACCUUCUCAAGCCCUCUGCAGGUAAAAGUAAAUGGACCUAUAUCAACAUAAAGGUAAUGACUAAAAAUUGUGUUCAGUGCAAAAAUGUAAGGCUGUAUUGCUGGAAUAAAAUAUUCAAUAUUAUAGCACAUAAUUAAAUAAAUCUGUACAGAGAAGGUCUGCAUAUAUUUAAGUUUUUGGGUCCCUGGCUCCAAAUAAUUGGAGAACUUGUGUAAAAGGACAAAACAGAUUGUCAUAGUUUAAGGAAGGUACUGGUUUUGAUGACUGAAACAACUUCUGAUGCACUUAUUUUAAGUUGUACUUAAUUUGACUCUGCAAAUGCUUUGAAAAUUACUGAUAAAACCUAAUUAAUUGUUUCAUGGUCAUAAACAGUAGUUUAUGGAUAGUUUUAUUUAAUAUUUAGCUUUUUUUUUUAAACUAUAAAAUACUGGUUUCAAAAUUAUUGGCUCCUCUACAGUUAUGACCCCUGUCCUGGAAAGAAUGCCAGUGCACUGUUCUCUUCCUAUAAUGUUUAGCAAAGGUUACUAAAACUAUAACUGAUGAGUUUAUAAGCAUAAAUCUCAGAAAUGCAGCCUGCCAAUGCCCAACAUCUAAGGAUGGCACAACAGAAUUCAUACUCUUUAUGCUACACACUCCCUCUACCCACUUUGUUCAACCACCAACUUGUGGGACUUUACCUCACAAGUUCUUGAUUAGGAUGGACUUCAGUCACUUGAAGACAAAGCUCUGAAAAUGUUGGGUACUCUGUAAUAUCAGGAAAUGUAUCUCUCUCAUUAUUUUUUUAUAUAUCUAUAUAUUACAAUAUCAUACUUAAUUGCAAACAGUAUAAACCUAUUAAAUAUACAUUAGUUGCAAUGACAAAUUGCAAGUCACUUCUGAGUUGGUUUAAAUGAUCUUCCUAUAUAUACACACUAUAUUGUCAAAUGUUUAUGGACAACCAACACGGCAAUAUGUUAUUCUUUCCCGAACUGUUGAUACAAAGUUGGAAGUACACAACUGAAAUGUUUGUGUAUUCUUUAGCGUUACAAUUUCACCUCUUUGUAACUAAAGGGUCCAAACAUAUUCUAGCAUGACAACACCCCUGUACAGAAGCAGGGUCCAUGAAGACAUGGCUUGCCAAGGUUGGUAUGAAUGAACUUGAAUGGCCUACACAGAGCCCUGACCACGACCCCACUGUUUAAGUAUUUUUGCCCCAAAUAUCCUUUUUCCUCUAGAAACUUUCUGUAGUAGUGAUAUACUCAAUGGUUUUAAGGUUUCUCUUUAUUGCACUCAAACUAAUAAGGCCAGAAAUUUCAUUACUAGUGAAAAAAUACAUAGACUAUUGUGCCAAAAGUUUUGGUACACCCCUACCAAACUCACUCAUUCAUGUCUUUAUGAACCUUGCUUUAUGCACUGGUGCGCAGUCAUGUUGGAACAGUAAGCUCCAAACUUUCCCCACAAAGUCCGGAGCAUGAAAUUGUGCAAAAUGUCCUGGUAUGCUGAAGCAUUAAAAGUUCUUGGGCCAAGCCCAACCCCUGAAAAACAGCACUUGAAUACAAUGAUUUAGAGGGGUGUCCUUGGCAAUAUUAGUGUAGGUGAAUCCCAAAUUCCUAUUGCAGUAGAUAAGAUGAAAAAAAAAACAAUCUUUAUUGGUAUAUAACACAUGAUCUUAACUGAAAAUAUCUGCCAAAUUAGUUUGACUAGUUUAAAAUAUUAAAAUCUCGCAAAUUCGUGAGAACUUUAUAAAAAAUCAUUUAUUACAAUAACGCUGGAAACGCCCCUAAUUUCAACCAGUUACCGUUCGAUGAUCACGUGCAUCCUAUGUGGGGGGCCAAUUACGCAUCGGCUUCUGAUUGGUUGAUCUGCUAGGCCAAUGAGAGCAGCGCGAGGUCAGCUCGAGUUAACGUGCACGCAGAUGUUCCUAAUGAGGACUGAUUUUUCUUCAGAGGGCUUAAGUACAUCUUACCGUGAAACAAAGUCUGUUGGUGUUUUAGAUAAUUCUCUUUGAUAAUUCUACCAUGGCGUUUUCUCUGAGAGAUAAUCCCAGAGCCCUUAACCGUUGGGAUUCAGAGACACCAGCCCUGUCCACAUGCAGCAAUGCAGACAUCUUUCGCAGGAUGAACACCAUGCUAGGGAACUCACUGGACCUGACUGGGGUCUGCACCACUCCCAGUGCCAAGACCAAACGGGAUUCCUUGAUGGAGCGUGCGGACUCUGAUCCGUGUGCUAUCCGGAGUAGGAUGCUUUUCCCCAGCAAUGGGCAGGAGUCAUCUCGUGCUCUGCCCGAUGUCACCGAGCUGGGCCUGGGCCUGCAAUCCCUCAGCUUAUCCGGUUGGGAGAGGCCGUGGAGCAGCCAUGACUCGGACUCAUCAGCCCCAAACAACUCAAUGCUCGGGAUGUUGGGAAGCCCCUUGGGCCAGCUCCUGAACAAACCUCAGGGCUUAAUCACAAAUGAGUCCAGUACAGGUGCUUCAGACUUCCUAGAGAAGUUUCCAGCUUUGGCACGUAUGAACUCGCGUUCACUGCUGGGUUCCCAUUCCAGCAGCCCUGUGGACUCUGAGACCAGUGGCUUUAGCUCUGGUUCUGAUCAUCUUUCUGAUCUGCUGUCCUCUUUGAGGAUCUCCCCCUCUGUGCCAUUCAUGCCUAGUAUGCAGAAAGACCCAUUAAAGCUUAGUCUUGCCUCCCGCAUGGACCAUGACAGUUCUCCCUUGACCCCUCCACCCAGUGCUCCCCCAGGCAACAGUGUGUCUCGCCGCUGGCCUGGAGCAUCAGUCUGGCCCAGCUGGGAUCUGCUAGAGACCCCAGAUGGCCCGUUCAGCAUUGAGAGGGAGGCACGUCUUCACAGACAAGCUGCAGCAAUUAAUGAAGCAACCUUCACAUGGAGUGGUCAGCUCCCUUCCAGAAACUACAAAAACCCUGUUUAUUCCUGCAAGGUCUUCCUUGGAGGAGUUCCUUGGGACAUUACAGAGGCUGGCUUGAUUAACACAUUUAACUGUUAUGGCCCACUGAGUGUGGAGUGGCCUGGUAAGGAUGGCAAGCAUCCUCGCUGCCCUCCUAAAGGUUAUGUGUACCUGGUGUUUGAGUGUGAGAAGUCUGUGCGUGCUCUGCUGCAGGCCUGCACUCAGGAUCUGCUCCAUCCUGAGGGCUACAGCGAAUAUUACUUCAAAAUGUCCAGCAGGAGAAUGCGCUGCAAAGAUGUGCAGGUGAUCCCAUGGGUAAUCUCGGACAGCAACUAUGUUCGCUGCCCUUCUCAGAGGCUAGACCCCAGUAACACAGUGUUUGUGGGAGCUUUACAUGGCAUGCUCAAUGCUGAGGCUCUGGCAAGCAUUAUGAAUGAUCUCUUUGGAGGGGUCAUGUAUGCUGGGAUAGACACAGACAAGCACAAGUAUCCAAUUGGGUCUGGUCGUGUAACCUUCAACAACCAGCGCAGUUAUCUAAAGGCUGUUAGUGCUGCAUUUGUUGAAAUCAAGACCCCCAAAUUUACAAAAAAGGUUCAGAUCGACCCAUAUCUGGAAGAUUCCAUGUGUCAGGUGUGCAGCCGUCAACCAGGACCCUUCUUCUGCAGAGACCAGGCCUGCUUCAAGUACUACUGUCGCUCCUGCUGGCACUGGCAGCAUUCCAUGGAUAUCCUGAGCAACCACCGCCCUCUAAUGCGCAACCAGAAGAAUAGGGACUCCAGCUAAAGGCCUUGCUUAACAUGGCAGCAUCGUCCUCCUGCCUGGACUGCCACCACGCCUCCAGACCAGCGCCAGGCCUGCAGCAAGCAUCCCCAACAGUGUGGGUUUGUGCAAGCGCUGUAGAAAGUUCACUUUGGCACUUUUUUUUUUUUUGGCUUGUUCACGUUGGCACUUUGCACAGUGAUAUGAUGGGUUUGCAGGGCCCCCACACAUUUUGAAAGUUUCCCUGGAUUUUUGGGGUGAGAAUAAGGCCAUGGUACAGAAGUGGUUUUUUUUUUUUUUGGUUUUUUUCCCCGCUCUUUUUUUCCCUUCAUGAACAGUCAUGCAAAUUUCUUUAACUAACCGAAGCCAUACAGUGCCUUUAAAUUGGUUUCUCCUAGCUGCUUUUCCCAUUGCAGUUAGCUGGGGUUUUUUUACUUUAAACACGUACAUAAAGCCCAACUUUCAUCUUCCAGACAUUUUACGCAGUUAUUUUUUACUAAUUUUUACAUAAUACGGUUUUAAGUCAUUACAAAGAAGGUUGAACAGAAAUCUACCUAUUGGCUUUUUAAUUUUGCUCAUUUUUUUUUUUCCCUUUCUCCACAACUUUUCUGGAGAGUUUUCUCCCUUGUCCGGCUUUACGUUCUGUGGAACAAGGGAUUUGGGUGUAAUCUUAUCACCAACCCAGAUAAUUUUUUAGUGCAUGCCAUCCAGAGGCAUUGCUUUUACUGGGUUGCAUCAAGUUUUUUGGAUCAACUCAAUCAGAAAUGUGAAUGGCCAUAGAUUGCACAUAGUUUUAUUGUUGCACUUUUUAAUUUGCACUUGGAAAGGGGUAGGUUUUUAAUCACUUAUUUUUUGAACAUCAGCAGGUAUUGCUAUGGGCAUGACCUCAGAUUACAAACAGCUGCUUGUUGAAUGUAAAACUCUAAACUUCACUUGAAUGUACCAUUGGAGCCUUAGUAGACCAAAUGCAGAUGUCACUUUAUUUCCAGCCUCUGGAAUAUCAAAAGAUUGUGUUCUGAACCUGGACUGUCAUUUCUCCACAUUGAUUCCUUGCUGAGCCUCUUGAGCCCAGCUGCUUUGUCCUUUUAUUCUACCUCAUUGUGGUCUGCUGAGUUUGAGUACUUACAGCUGUGAAGUUCAGUUUUGAUUGGGCACAAUAAAGGUGUUUAAGCAUU